AUGUUGCGUGUGACAGGCUUGCUUCUUGCAGGAGCCAUCUGUUGUCUGACAGCUCCCGCGCCCACGUUGCCAACGGUGGACCUGGGCUAUGAAUUGCACCAGGCGACAUACAAUGAGUCCGGCCAAUACUACAACUUCUCUAAUGUGCGUUACGGCGCCCCUCCACUCGGGAAUUUGCGCUUUUCUGCUCCAGUCGCCCCAAGCACAAAUGGUACCAAGGUGUUCAACAAUGGCUCCAGAGCUGUGACUUGCUUCCAGGUACUGCCGGCCUGGGGCAUUUACUCCGCAGAUUGGAUUGCCAAUGGGACAGCCGCUUUCAAUAUCUCCGCAGGAUACCAGGUUCCGCCACUUGCUGCAACACCACCGCCCGACCCAACAGCCACCGAGGACUGUUUGUUCCUUGAUGUCAUGGUGCCGCAAGAUGUAUUUGAAUCUGCUGGUCAAGGAGCCGGGGCACCAGUGAUGGUGUGGAUCCAUGGAGGAGGAUAUACUCUGGGAUCAAAGACUCUGUACAGCCCUUCAGCGGCGGGCCUUAUCAAGGCAAGCCAGAGUCAAGGAGGGAAGGGUAUAAUUUGGGUUGCGAUGAACUAUCGCCUCGGAGCUUUCGGAUUCCUCUCUGGUCCAACAUUUCAGGCCUCUGGAACAGCAAACGCGGGCCUCUAUGACCAGCGCCUGGCCCUUGAAUGGGUACAACAACAUAUUGCCAAGUUUGGUGGAGACCCGAACCAGGUUACCGUGAUUGGAGAGUCAGCCGGAGGAGGCAGCACCAUGCACCAGAUCACGGCAUUUGGAGGCCUGAAAGGAAAGGUACCAUUUCAGCAGGCUAUCGUUCAGAGCCCUGGAUUUCAAAUGUCGCCGAGCGUGACCCUGCAAGAGGCCGUUUACUCCCGUUUUCUGGGAAUAGCCGGGAUCAACACCCUUGACGAAGCUCGAAACUUGUCGACCGAGGCACUUUCACUCGCCAAUUAUAAGCUUGUCGGCGGAUCGAGCCCAUAUGGCUCAUUUACUUUCAACCCGGUCGUGGACGGUGCUUUUGCCCCCGAUCUCCCGGGACAGCUGCUUCUUCACGGAGGGUUCGACAAAUCACUCAAGAUCAUGGCCGGUCACAACAUCAAUGAAGGCAUUGGAUUCAUGGAUCCCUUUGCUCAAAAUGAAACCGUAUUUGAAGCUGAUCUUCGCGUCUACUUCCCCACCAUCACAGACGCCAUCAUCCAAUACAUCUCCCAGACACUAUAUCCGCCCAAGUUUGACGGUUCAGUCGGUUACAUCAACCCCACAGGACGAGCGGCAUUGAUGAUAACAGAGGCGUUCUUCACAUGCAAUACCAACUUCCUGGCUCGCGCUUACAAUAACAGUGUGCACAACUAUAUAUUCAGUGUUCCGCCCAGCCUCCACGGAGACGAUGUGGCCUAUACAUACUAUGACGGUCCAAAUCCCUUGGUCAAGAAUGAUACAUUGGCGGUCAUUAUGCAGAGAUAUUUUACGAACUUUGUCAUGAUGGGCGAUCCGAAUGGAGCAGGGCUACCGCCAUUCCCGACAUAUGGUGCAAAUACCAUGGUGCUGAAUCUGAACCUGACGACGAUUGGCCCAAUCAAGGACAAUGCUGCAAAUGAGAGAUGUUUGUGGUGGCAGAAGGGUUUGUAUGCUUGA